AGCGGGCUACCAGAGUGUACAUAUUUUCCCGCAGCCCAGCGGUUGGAUUUAGUCUGUUGUGAGCUUUUGAACGGUGCGGAUCAUCUCUUGGCCUAUGGGAUCCACUUGUUGGACCAGGGCUGUUGUCUUCUCCCCAACAGUUUGAAGCAAGAAGAAGUGUGCUGAAAGUGCGACGCGGCGAGGAACUGAAGAAAUUCAAACGGGACUUGAAGGCCCCUAGGAAGGUCUUCUAUGUAAAUAGUUUUCAAUCGCUAGGCAUUUGGACGGAUGGAGGCAAACUAGUGCGUGACAAAUCGUGGCACAGACAAGCAAGCUGGGGAAGGAAAGGUUCCAUUAGUGCUCGGUUGGGGUGUUGAUUGGCGAAGUGCUUUAUGAUCAGAAGGGUCAAUAACUCAAUCGAAAGUGAGAUUCUGGAUUUGAAAUUUCACCGUGAAAGUCGGGCUGGAAAAGUGACAGUGGUGCUAUUUCUUCUCUACUCGGGAGUAGGGGUUCGUGUUGUCCAAGUUGGACACGGAGUUGCCAUCGGUGGCACAGUGCAAGUGAAGAGUGAAGAAGGAGAAGAACUGGAGUAGGACGAAGCAGCACAAAAACCGUUAAGAUGCUGUCCGGACGAGGGUUUACCGUCUUGGCUGGAGCACUUGCGAUAUGCACCAUCCUAUCCAGCGUGGAUGCCCUCCAAGGAUACUACGGUACUAAGAUCGGUGAUCUAACUCAGCUGCAUCAUGGAGUUUCCGGUUCGGUGUACGCUGUCGAUGCCAGAACACUUUUUCUGAAGAACUUCAAUUACGACGGAGAAGGUCCAGCUGCGUACUUCUACGUGGGAAACACUCGUGCACCUAGCAACAAGGGAGCUCAUCGCCUGCGGGAUGAACGUGGUCGUUCCGGUGUGCUGAGAAAGUAUCGCAACGAAGACAUCACUUUGUCGCUGCCGGAGGGCAAAACUCUGCGGGACAUCCGGUGGUUCUCGAUUUGGUGCGAUGACUUUAGUGUCAACUUUGGUGAUGUGGUCAUUCGGAAUGACUUGGAUUUUCCGAGGCCAACCAAAAUCGGUCAGCUGGGUGGAGUGCACGACGUCAGCUCGGACAACAUAGUGAUCGUCGAUGCGCAGACGCUGCUGAUUCCAAAUUUUAACUACGAUGGAGAAGCACCAGACGCCAAAUUCUGGGUAGGACGUGGGGCAAAGCCCACCUCCCAGGGCAUCCGCAUCCCAGACGAGAACGGCAAGGAAACCCCGCUUCGUCGAUACGACAAAAAGACCAUCGUGCUAACCCUUCCAGGUGAUCUGACCGUGUUCGACAUCGGACAUUUCGGCGUGUGGUGCGAAGCCUUCACCGUUGACUUUGGCCACGUUCGCAUCCCGGACCAGAUCAACGUUCCUCCGUCGCUGAAGAUGCUGGGCAUCAGCCCACAGUCCAAACUGAACUGCGAAGUGCUGCUGGAUGACCUGGCAUUCGAGGUGCGAUGGGCCGUCGCCGGCGAGAGCAUCGUCAUCCAAUUGGUAGCCAAAUUAGAGGAUGGAGAGUACAUGUCAUUCGGGGUGUCUCCGGAUCAUUCACGCAGCAUAAUGGUGGGAGCUGAUGUGGCAGUCGUGUGGGUUGAUAAGGCUACCGGAAAGGGAUACGCUCAGGACUACUAUCUGGAUGCCAAGUCACAGUGCUCUGGAGCUCGCGGAAGUUGCCCGGACACGAGGAUCAACGAAAACAGUAGUUCGAUCCGUCUGUUGAACGCCGCCAUGGUUAACGGUUACUCCAUCGUAACUUAUCAACGGCCGUUGAGAGCAUCGGAUCAUCUGGAUCUUCCGAUCUUCACCAACGGAUCGCAAGCGAUCGUUUGGGCAAUCGGACCUCUCAAUCAACGCUACGAAGUCUCAUUCCAUUCACAGUACCUGAAAGAUACUAAACAAGUUGACUUCGGUCGCCAACCGUACUGGAAUUGCCCUACACCGGAAUCGGAUCAACAAAAGCAACAUGAGAGCCCUCAGAAACUGCAAAGUCUGGAGCCAAAUCGUCGUGUAGAUUCCAUGAAACGUCCGAAUGCACCGGCAACCGCUCGACCGCCCGCUAAGGCUGGUGCCUGGGAGAUACCUCCAGUUCAGUGCUACGAACCGGAAGAUGGAGUAUUCUAUGCUCAGAUGGGUCCUACCGGAGGCAAACAAGGCUAUCCAGCUAUCACCGGUCAUGUUGGAUGGGGUAUCUCGUGGUACAUCAAUGGACUUCUUAUCCCGGAAAUCAACGUGGUUCGUGGUAAAACAUACACUUUCGUAACUGAAGGCGGCAACGAUCCAGAGACUCCUGCCAAAUAUCACCCAUUCUACAUUACCGAUGAUUCUGUUGGGGGCUACGAACAUCAGGACGAGGAAGCCAGAAAGAAUAUUCGAAUUUUUGCCGGAGUUCACCAGAAUCGCAAUGGCCAACUAGUUCCGAAUGGCGUUGGGCGGUUAUGCAACUGGACUCCAAAUCCUGAUGGUCCCCCUGCGGACUCGUAUCCUUCGUUUGGUGCUUACCAGAGAAGUCUCACCUUGAAAUGCGACCCCGGUGAGCCAGGAAUCAUCACCUGGACUCCCGAUGCCGACACUCCUGACACCGUCUACUAUCAGUGUUUCACUCAUCGUUACCUGGGAUGGCGAAUCAACGUCCACGAUGCGUGCGAUGUAGCUGCCCCGAGCGAAAUCGAUGAGGUCUACGUGGAUCCUAACGAAGAAGGCAUUAAUGCUGAACCGUCAAUUCGACACGAAUCCAAAUUGCUGCCAUCAGACACAUUCCUGGAACAACAUGAGAACUUUGUUCAGAAAAACGAUAAGGAUCUGAUCAAAAACCAUAAGAUGACCGCUGAUCAACCAACGGAGAACUUGAAGUUGGAUCUAGAAAACGACCCAGAAAUGUCCAAAAUCAUCGAAGAAGGCAUCCGAGCUGCCGAAGACCUCGAAGAAAAACUGAAGAACAAUCAAACAUAUGCAAACUACACCUCCAAUGAACAGCAUCCUCUGUCUCACUCUGAAAUCAUGCACCAUGGAAAGCCGAUUCUUAGCUCCUCUGGAUUACCAGUUUAUCUACGUCCGCCAAAUAGUGGUCCGAUGUUCCGGCCGGUAAAGCUUCCCAUGAGACGACCAAUCGCCGUUGAACGACGCCCCGUCAAUGGUCGGCCCUCUCGCCCAUACAACAUACCUCAGCCUUCCAUGAUCAUCAGCCACUACCAAAAACCGGUCAACCCACUGAUGCGACCAUUUAUGCCCAAAACAAAGCUCCCCAUGAAAGCCAUUGCGCCAAUUUUGCUGCUCGGGGAACCAACAGAAAUCAAACCAUUCCGCAAAGUUCCUCCUCCACCACCUCCACAGUCAAUGAUUCAUCAACCUAUGGAAAUGAUGCUCGUGAAACCCAUGAAAACCGUUCCAUACAUGGUUCCCGAUGUUUCUCCACAUCUGACCAUGAGCCUCAAGAAGAUCGAACCCGCUCCGAUCACACUUCCCAUUCGUCUCACCAAGCGACCGGUCCUGGUAGAACCCCAAAACGUGAAACCAAUAUUCAAAGCUCCGUAUGACGUUCACGAAAACAAAACACCCGUUGAUCCGCAGUCCAGCGUUGGAUUUGAGCCAAGUUCCGUAGUAGUAGAAAGUGGAUUCAAACCGAUCUACCGUCGCAAUGGUAUGAUGAAUGCCGAAUACGACGAUCAACUGCGCCAUCAUGGGGAUAUGAUUCAACGGCGACAGGACUACGAUAUUGACGAAGCCAUAGAGAGUGAUGCUUUGAUGAUUGGCAGUGGUGAACCACAGCGGCAGGCUUUCGAACCAAUGUUCAUUCCAUCACCCCUGGACAGUAUGGCUAUGGCGCACAAAUCAGCCGAAGUUGGAGAUCGAAAGGAUGGCAUUGAACGGUUAACUGGCGACUUGAAGGAAAUGAAAGUUGAAGAAGGUGAAGAUAAGAUGGCAAUGCCUGACGAUCGAGUAGAUUCGUAUUACCUUCCACCAGAGACGCAAAACGUUGUCAAAGUCUAUCCAGAAGGAUCCGUAGUUUCAUACGAUGGUAAAGCGGUACUUGAUGUAUCUUUAUUGAAUUCGCCGAGCAAUGUCCGACACGAAGCCAUUAAGUCCGUUUCCAAGACAGAACAAUUCAUCAGAGACACUCCCCAAUUCGGACCUUUCCGUGGAGAAAUCCCACCCAUCUCUGAUUACGUUGCGCCAGACUCACAUCCAAUCUACGGAAUUCGUGGAUCAAAUUCAGUACAACCACCAGUUUCAGAGUAUGCCAACCCCUUGGUCCCCGGUGGCAUCAACGUGCAAGACAACAAAGAUCUCAGUGUAAAACCCAUCUCCACCAAACUAUCGAUUAUCAAGCCAGUCGAAGAACAACCGGAAGAGUCCCGAAAAAAGCGUGAAGCACAUCAUCAUCCAGACCACCACGGAGAUAGUCACGAUGACGGCUGGGAAGAGCAACGCAAGAGCGUUAGCAGCACGUCGACCAUGUCAAUGACAACACUGCUUUCUGUAGUCUCUCCUUUAAUACUCCUCCGAAGAGCGCUGUAAACUCCCACCAUCAUAACGCUCAGUGCCUCCUUGCUGCAUAAUUUGUUUUGGGUUAAGUAUUGUUAGUUAAGUUUUAUUUAAAUCGAACACACUUCAGUGGAAGUGAACUACAAAAUUGUGCUUAAAGUUUUACACACAAACUGUAAAUACCAAUAAAGAUGCCGUUCGAUGGCGUUCCAAUUAGA